UCCGUAUAUAAACAAGCGUAGCUCUCUCUACAUGGUACCUGUCAUUCUGAUUCCGUCUCACCAUCGACAUUAAAAAUGAAAUUCUUGAUUGUUGUAGCAACUCUUUUCGUGGCGAGCGUUUCGUCCAGCGUCUUGAGAGCCAAGGGCCUCAGCGACUGUGGUGCUGGCGGCUCCCCCAUUUCUUUCCAGGGAGAAAUUCUUACCCAAACGGUCCCGGUUGUUGGCAGGAUGUUCAUGGAUUUGACUACCACUACUCAACUGAAUGCCACAGUUGAAGACAAUUUGCAAGUCCGCAAAGUAACCACCCGAGUUGCCGACAACUAUCAAGUUCCAUGCCUGAACGGCAUUUCUGGCACCUGCACUGUUGAGUUCUGCUCGGCCCUUACCACUUACCCAGAUGCCGUCUGCACCCUCUUCCCUGCUGACGUGCCCUGCUCGUGCCCCUUCCUUGCCGACGUCUACGUCAAUCCCUCUGCUUACGUCACUUUCACUUCCGAAUGGCUCGCUAUCGAAGGAGGCGUUAACGGUGACUACAUUACUCGCACUGAAAUCGUUUCCAACCUUGGAACUCCCGAGGAAGCCAUUUUAGGGUGCCUGCUUUUGGAGUACGCUUUGGUGGCCGUUUAAACGCUAGCAGACCUACCGUUUUUCUUACAAACUAUUGGUGAAAAUUUUGAUGAACUUAUUGAUGAACGUAUUGGAAAGCUUUCAAGGUGAAAUAAAAUGUCUUUGGUAACGGAAA